GUGGAAAAACAAAUACUAUAAUAAGGGGCAGAUAAUAAAAUGCCACUUCUCUAUCAGAUUAGGUUUUGGUUUCUACAGCUGUCUGCAAACGUGGGAUAUGCUCAAGAAAACACCAACGUGCCCUCCUCUCUCUUUCUUAGUGCAAAUUCAUCAUGAAUUGGCUGUAAGGAAUAUAGAAUGAGAGAGGACCCUUUUUCCCAAUGUAAUGGAAAAUCUUGCUAAAAAUCUAUUGAUCCACAUUUCACACAAGACCGAUUCUUGUGCUUUCCUUUUUCCACCGCAUAACAAACCCAAAAAAAAAAAAGAAAAAAAUCAAACAGAAAACAGAAAAAAGAAAUCAACAAUCAAAAUCCAACCUAACUUGCACUUUUCUUCAAAAAAGAAACCAACAACUUAUUAACAAAACCCAAGUGGAAUAUUACUAAUUCCUUGAUUUUUUUUUUUUGUUGUUGUUUUCUUUUGCCUCAUUAUGCCAUCUAUAUCAUUUCUCUGACCAAAAGAGAUAGAAAACACAAAGACUUUAUUGUUUCUUGGCAGCCACUCCAGGAGGCCUUGUAAAUCAUCUCCUGGGGCUUGGCUCUACUUUUAAAAAAAAACAUCCUUUCUUACUUUUUCACAUUUUCAAUUCUUUUUCUUUUCUUUUCUUUUCCUUCAGGAUUCCAAAACAAUCUUGAUCUUCCUGGCCCUUGUUUAUGUCCUCUAGAUUUCAUCCCAACAAUAAUGUUGGAACGUACAUUUGCUUUCAGAUUUUAAUUAAUGUCUACCACCAAAUGUUGUUUCUUGGCGUUGUCUAUAGCAAUUGAGCAGAGAAAAAGGUUUAAGAGGACAUCAGACAAAUGGGAGACAUUUCACCUGAUAAAAAAUCAGGUUGUGGCCUACUAAACGCAGUCUUUGGCCGGAGAAGUUUUUGGCCAAGAAGAACUACAUCUGCUAGCUCACUUCCUACGGUGAGUGGCAACACCUUCAUCAGAACGCCAAGCACUCCAAAAAGGCGGAGAAGUGGCUCUGAUGAGGCUGCAUUUUUAGAAAUCUCAACAGGCACAUCAGAUGCUCCUCCCAAACCUAUAACAAAAGCUCCAGAUCAUCCCAAGAUUCCUCCUAUACUACAACAACAACAUCAUCAACAAAAUGCUCAUGCCCAGCAACAACAACAACAAAAUUGUGGGAGAAAACCUGUAGAUGAAGCAAAGAAAAUAUUGCCUGAUCAUGGCAAUCAAAACUAUGCUUAUGUACACCAAGGAAGGAAGCUACCAAAAGAAGCAGUUGGGAUAUCCGGUGAGCUUGAAAUCAUGAUUGCUGAUCACCAAAAGAAUAAUGGAAGCAACACGCUUGUUCGGGCUUCGUCAAGCAAUGUAAUGCUUUUUGGCAAUUUAGGUAAUCUGAGGCAACCAGGAGCAGGAGGAGGAGGAAAUAUGAGUUCAUAUAAUGUUCUUGAUCACCUUCCUAAGACUGCAAGAGAAGAGAAUCCAGUACCAAAUGGGAAGUACCCGAAUAGUGUGAUGGGAAAUGUGAUCAAGAAACAACAUGAAGAGAAACCAGGUGUAGAGCAGCAGCCGGCAGGCGGUUCUUUAUGCAGGGCUCUUUCUACUAGAAUGGACCCUGAACAAUUGAAAAUUAUGGGUAAUGAAGAUUACAAGAAUGGGAAUUUUGCAGAGGCAUUGGCUUUGUACGAUGCAGCAAUAUCCAUUGAUCCUAAUAAAGCUUCUUAUCGAAGCAACAAAAGUGCAGCAUUAACAGCUUUAGGUAGGCUUCUUGAGGCAGUUUUUGAGUGCAGAGAAGCCAUUCGAAUUGAUCCGCAUUAUCAUAGAGCUCAUCAUCGUUUAGCAAAUUUAUGUGUCAGAUUAGGGGAUGGGGAAAAGGCUAUGUAUCACUACAAACAUUCAGGGCCAGAAGCUGACCAUGUUGACAUUGCUAAAGCUAAAGGUCUUCAGGUUCAUCUCAACAAGUGCACCGAGGCACGAAGACUACGAGACUGGAACACCCUGAUCAAGGAGACCAAGGCUGCCAUUUCUUCAGGUGCAGAUUCAGCUCCACAAAUAUAUGCAUUGCAAGCUGAAGCCUUAAUGAAAAUACGUAGGCAUCAAGAAGCAGACGAAGUAUUGAAAAAGGGGCCAAAUUUCGAUGUUGAUGACUGUACUAAAUAUUUUGGCCCUAUUGCUAAUGCAAAUCUGUUAAUGGUUCGAGCUCAGGUUGACAUGGCUGUCGGCAGAUUUGAUGAUGCUUUGGCUAAGGCUCAACGGGCAACUAGACUUGAUUCUAACAACAAGGAAGCAGGUACGGUAAUGAGGAAGGCAAGAGCUGUGGCAGCAGCUAGAUCAAAUGGUAAUCAACUUUUUAAGGCAGCCAAAUUCUAUGAAGCAUCUAAUGUAUAUGGUGAAGGACUUGAGCAUGAUCCUUACAACUCCGUGCUGUUGUGCAACCGAGCCGCCUGCCGGUGUAAACUUGGGCAAUAUGAAAAAGCUGUGGAGGAUUGCAAUGCUGCUCUCAGUCUCCGCCCUGGAUACUGCAAGGCGAGACUAAGAAGAGCAGAUUGCUACACCAAGCUGGGAAAAUUGGAAGCUUCGAUACAAGACUUCGAGAUAUUACAAAAAGAAGCACCGGAUGAUGAAGAAGUAAGCAAGGGUUUGUUAGAGGCUAAAGCACAAGCUAAGAGGACUAAUAGGGGUGGUGGGGGGUACCAAGAAUUGAAGUGUAAUGCAGCUUGAAAUUAGAGAAAACCAGUAAAGUAGUGAAAAGGUGGAAAUCAGUGGUACACUCCAUUCAUGCAUGCAAGAACCCAACAACAUGAGGCCAAUAGUACCAAAAACUUAUCAUGGCUGUGGGCAUUAUUGGGGAUGAGAGGACGAGAAAAGGAAAGAUCAAAUUAGAGAAGCAAAUUAUUAAAAAAGGAAAAGAAAAGAAAGUGGUUUAAUUUAGAGAAGAAAACUUAGCAUGAUGGUGUUUAAUAAUAAUUCUUAUUUGUAAAGACAAAAACAAGAUUUAGCCAAAUUUCCUUUUCUUUUCUUUUCUUUUCAUUUUCAAAAUAAUAAUUGUAUAGUUGUAUGAUUGUGUUGAAGAUUUCUUUUUUCUUUUUUAGAGAAGUUGAUUGAUAUUGCUUUGUAAGAAUACGCAAAUUUAAACCUUUGGAAGGAUGAAGAGAGUUUAGUGUUC